AUGUUAUCAAUUCUCGUGAUUUUCACAAUCAUCACCGGUAUCACCCAUCUGCUGCUGAGCCUUUGGAGGAACCGCCGAUUCCUGCUAGCGGCCUCCCGCAUUCCGGGACCCCCCGGCUUCCCUCCCCUACUCGGGGGCAUUUACCAAUUUUACGGCAAAACCGACGUGGAACUGGCCACCGCCCUGCUGGACAUUUCCCAGCGGUACACAUCGCCGGUCAAGUUCUGGCUCGGCCCGCUGCUGAUGGUCGUCGUAGAUCGGCCGGAAGAUUUGAAAAUUGUGCUCAACUCGCAGCACUGCCUCGACAAGGUCGAUCCGUACCGGUUUUUCCACGUAGAUCUCGGACUUUUUGCGGCGCCGAAAGAGCUGUGGAAACGGCACCGGAAGGUUCUGAUGCCGGCCUUUGGACCGAAGGUGGUGGACGGGUUUUUGCCCACCUUUGCGAAAACUAGCCGGAGUUUGUGCAAGGAGUUGGAACGGUUCCUGCCGGCUUGA